UUUUUCUAUAGUAUUACUCCUAGAAAGACAGACCUUGUACCUGUUGAUGCAAAUGAUAGUUCUUCUUUAACCCUUUGUCAUCGUUCUCCUCGAACUUCUUUAACUUUUAGAUUAAUUCGUAAUGGAGAAUGUAAUUGUGAAUAUAAAAAACAAUGUGAUUCGCAAAUUACAUCAAGUUUGUCAACAAAGGAAUUAGUAAAUGAAGAUGAAGCCAAAGAACUGGAAAAUAAAUAUGUUAACCAAGUUUAUGAAGAAAUAGCAGAACAUUUCAGUGUAACCAGAUAUAAACCUUGGCCUAAAGUAGCCUCUUUCCUAAGUAGUAUUCCAUCUGGUUCUCUUAUUCUGGAUGUUGGUUGUGGCAAUGGAAAAAAUAUGAAGUUGUCAUCUAAUUGCUAUGAGAUAGGAUGUGAUGCAUCAUGUAACUUAGCCCAGCUUUGUUCUCAACGAAAUACUCAAGUUGUAAUCGCAGAUUGUUUAAAAUUACCCUAUCGAGAUAACUGUGCUGAUGUUGUUAUAUGCAUUGCUGUAAUACAUCAUAUGUCAACUAAGGUACGUAGAACUAAAGCAGUGCAGGAAAUUGUGCGAGUAUUGCGACCUUGUGGACAAGCACUGAUUUAUGUUUGGGCUUUUGAACAAGAAGGGGCUGAAGGCCCUUCCAAUUACUUGAAACAAAAUAAACUAAAUCAUCAACACAAUGUUCUUGAAAUGGAACAGGAUGUUUUAAAAUUUGAAUCUUCUGAAAUACAAUUCAAUGAUUCAUCAACAAAAGUAUUGAAAAUGCCUGUACAUAGAAAUAGAACUAAUUUCAUACAGCAAGAUAUGCUGGUGCCAUGGAAAGAAAAAAAGGGACCUUAUGAAGUAACUCAUGCAAAGAGUGGAAAUGUACACCAUAGGUAUUAUCAUGUAUUUGCAAAAGGUGAACUAGAAUCUUUAGUGACAGAAAGUGGUGGUACUAUAAUUACUUCAUAUUAUGAUAAAGGUAACUGGUGUGUCCUUUUGGAAAAAUAAAACAUAUUUAUCUUCGUAUGUAUACAUUUAAACCAUUUUUAAUGAAUUAUGGCAAUAAAUAUUUACUACUAGUGAUAUUUUUGCAG